UCUCUCCCAUGGCAUACCUCAUCUGCAGCAAUCUUGGGCCACAUCACCUCCUCUGUAAACUAGAGAUCUGUCAUGGCAAGCUUCUUGUUGCUAAGGGCUCUGAAGCACAUAGAAGUCCUUGCACCAGCCCAUGGGAAGAGCAUCAUGGAGGUCUGCAUAUUCUUCCUUUAUGCUAUGAUACUUCUCCCAGGUAUUGCUGCCAGUGUGCAUCAGGUGAAGUCAUUUCUCAAUCACACCGCAUACCUAUCCUGCUUUUUUACAAACUCUCAGAAAACUGACCUAGAGGAUUUAAGAGUUUUUUGGCAGAAAGGCACUGAUGAAGUGGUGCACGAAGUAUACCACGGCCAAGAAAAACAUGAUAACCUUAGUCCUAAAUAUAUAAAUCGCACCAAGAUGGAUAUGGACAAAUGGACCUUGCACUUGUUCAAUGCAGGAAUUGUGGAUGAGGGACAGUAUACAUGUAUUAUACAGCACAGAAUUAAAGGAUCGCCACAGGUCAUACACAAAUCUGAGUGCUUUCUGCACAUCGUUGCCAACUAUAGUCAACCUGAGAUACACCCCGGGGGAGGAAUGCCUGAACACCAGCACAGCAAACACUUGAAUCUUUCCUGUUCUUCUAGCGGAGGUUAUCCAGAGCCCAAGCAGAUGAUUUGGCUAAUUUCACACGAAAACACAACACGCAGGCUGACGGGUCACACAGAUGUCUCACAGGAUGCUGUAACGAAGCUGUACAAUGUUACUAGCAAGCUGAAUAUCCCCGUUCCUACAAACACCUUCACUAACAUUAGCUGCUUGCUUCACCUUGGAGAGCAGCUGGGGAGCCUCGUCUCAGCGCCACUAGGCAUAGAGAUACAGGGGGAAGAAAUGGAGCAAGUGAAGAUAAAUUUCUUUGGCCCACUUAUAGCUGUGAUUAUACUGAUCACAGUUCUUGUGGGUUUUGUGAUAUUGAAGAAGAACAGAAAUAGCUUAUCUACCAACCAGAGUGUCAGUCUAGCAGUCUAGAAGGUAUCAAGCUUGAAAUGGAGGUCAUCAGCCAGACUGCUGAAUGGGAACCAACUCUACACAUAGCAAGGCCUGGGGUCUCCCAUAUUCUUAAGUGCCCUGCCCUGCUCAGACAAGGAUCCACCCCAGAUCCUUACAGAACCACGUUCCCUUACAGAACAACAUGCAACACUUUUGUCCGACGGCUGAAAUCUACUGUCCAGUGUUCUCUGCUUUUUAUUUUUGCUCCAGAAUGGUAGUAAAUAUGAUGCUCUUCCUUGUCUGCAUUACAAUCUUUUUGCUGUAUCCUUCGUUACAUGCUGUGAGAUUGUAAAAUCCCGAGAGUCAAUGAAGAAAGCAGAGCUGCACGGGUUACAGAAGGGAAUGUCUCAGAAACAGAAAGAGUUGGGCCACAAUCUGUGAAUCAUAACCAUCACUGGAAACAUGAUCGGAGGCAGGCUAUUAAUCAUGAGCCAUAAAUGUUAUUGGCAGAGCCAGUGUGGCUUUGUACGAGUAGCUUUCUUGUAAAGCUCCAUAGCAGAAAGAGGAACUUCAGGGCACUUCCCCACCCUCUGAGAAAAGUUGUGCAAUUCCUAUCAGGCAUUUGAAACUAGAAAUCACCUGAAGGAAAGACUUGCUUUAAACAUAAUAUCUGGUUAUCUUUUUUUUUUACCACCAUCCAAGCUUAUUAUGCUCAGACAGCCUGUACCUCCACGCUUUGUUCCUCUGUAUUCUGCCAGGAUGCUGUACUAGUUGUUAGGUGGAUGCAGGGAUAGAAAAUGAAAGCAUGAGGUAUUGUUCAUAUGUGUAUAAAUCUAAACAUAUAAAAUUAAGCUCAGCAGAUAACAAAAAAAUAUUAUAGAAGUAGGUCAUGUUUUAAGUUGGUUGACUGUGUUCUCCCUUUAUUAAUUUUGCUUCAAACCUGGAAGACAGAGCAAUCUGUAUGCUAUAGUAUGCUCAGAUAUAGGAAGUAGUUUUACCUUCAGAAAAGAUUCUCCAUGUCACUCAGAAUGUGCCAGUUCUCCAAUCCUGAAUGAUCUCUGCACUUUAUAUUCUUCAACAGCGUCAACAUUUUUCAGGAGGAAGAAUGCAACAGAAUUGAGACAAAAUUCUUCUGAGGUCUUGAUUGUGUUUGUAGGUCUGACAUUUUCAGCAAGAGCAGGCACAUUAGCAUCACAUUCUCAAGACAAAUUUCAGCUCAGAGUUGCAGUCUGGGGACAUAAAUUCUCUCCAGUUUCUGCUGGGUAGAAAUAUUCUUUUCUGUUAAAUGAUGUUGUGAGUUGCUAGAUUCCACCACUAUUUAUACUCAAUUUUCAAGUGUGUGAAGGAAUGUGCAUGUCCUUUUGAGUUAGCCAAACCAUUUGGGAGUCAGUUUAUUAAGCUAUUACACUAACAUUCUAAAUAUUUUCAUUCAGAUUAGUAUAAUUCAAAUGUUAUUAAAAGUUAAAGGUUUUAUUUUUAUGUAAAAGUUCAUAUU